CAUGAACGUAUCAUAAGUAGUGAAGAUAUAUCACAUUUGGAGAGCCAUUGCUACUGACGCGCGUCGAUUACAAAGUUUGUGUUCCUUUCUGUCACUGAGCAUCGCGGCUUGUCAUAAAAUUGUGUAUCCCCCGUCCUUCCGGCGGCCCUUUCAUAUACCUGUUGAAUCGGAGGACAUUAGUGACGUCGCCGUAAUAAAAAUCCUGGGUCCCACCAGGGUCGGAUAAAUGCAUUCAAAAGCCAUGUCACCAGCGAUAGGUGGCGGGUUGAGCGUUAGAUCGAGCGCUGAAGGCAGCGUCCCACUAUACAACGACCAACGGCCCGCUGUCAGAAGCCGUCUUUGUCAUCCCAAGAGUGCUGCGGUCCUGAGCCAAUUUUGA